UGCUCAGUGACAAUUUGUGUGUGAAAUCGUUUGUUUUGGGAAAGUUUUCCACUGUUUUUUCUGUGAUUUUCCACGUUUCUGUGCGUGAUUUUUCAUUGAAUUCUUGUGAAAAAGACCCCCAACCAUCAGACCAGUGUCCCUCGUCAUCUUCUGAAAAUGUCCACAGUGGAGGAGACUGGGCGGGAAGGGGGAGGGGAAGGGGAACAGGAUGUGGGGACAAGUGAAGUGAGUGUGUCGGAAGAGGAGGCAAAUGAGAUUGCUUCCGCUGGCUCAGCAAAAGCUGAGAGUAUUAUUGAGGAGGUGAAGGGCGAGGAGAAGGAUGAAGAGAAGGGAAAAUUGGAGGAGGGGGAGGCGUCAUCGAGUGGUGGAGGCCAAGUACUGAGUGAUUCUGGGGAUGUGGGAGAGAAGAAGACAAUGAAUGAGGAGUACGCGAAGCACAUUGUGAGGGAUGAAAGUGGUGCGGCAAUUUACGUGGAUCCUAGCACAAAGUUGAAAUAUCGCUGGAACGAGGAGGCAAAUAAGUGGGAGCCACAAGAGGGCGCCUCGGAGGCGAAUCCCUAUGAGACUGAGCACUAUCGCUGGUGCCCGGAGAAGGGGGAAUGGGUGUUGAAGGAGGAGAAGUUAGAGAAUGAAUUCUAUACUUGGUCCACGGAAAAGGGUGAAUGGGUGCCAAAGGUGCAGAUGGGAGGGACGGAAAACACUCCUGGGAAAUCGUAUGUGGACAAAGAUGGUGUCCGCUAUGCAUGGGAUGCGGAAAAGAAUGCCUGGUUUCCCGAAAUCGAUGAGAAUUUUAUGGCUCACUACCAGAUGAAUUAUGGAUUUGUGGACAAUACAAGUGUUGAAGAAAGGCCGGAAAAAGUUGAGGUGGCACUGGAGGAUGAGAAGAAAAAUGAGAUUGAGAUGGAGGGAGAAAAAAAACCACAAGGAGUUAAGAGAAAAGCACCCCAGGAGCCCCCCAAAUGGUUUGAUUUACCGCCAGAGCAGAAUACUAAAGUUUAUGUGUCGAAUUUGCCGGAAGACAUCACGGAGGAGGAGUUUGUGAGUGUUAUGUCCAAGUGCGGUAUGAUUAUGCGGGAUAUUCAGACGCAGAAGCUCAAAGUGAAAUUGUACGCUGAGGCCGAUGGGCAGCUUAAGGGUGACGGAUUAUGCGACUAUAUUAAGGGUGUCAUCAUUAAGGAAGUGAUUGAUGGUGCCCAGUGUGAUGUCUGCAAGGAUCUUUGCCCUGGAUUUGAGCCCCAUUCGUGGAGGAAAACGUGCCAGGCGUGCAAAUGUCCACGCGACACUCACGCUGUCUACCAUCAGCAAUUAACGUCCGUGAGGGACAGGCUGGGCUUCAAGUCGGACUCUCACACGUCCAAAAUCGAUGCCCGGCAGCUGGGUUACACUUGGGCUCCUCCAGGGCUUCUAACCUCAGCCAAGGUCAAGAAGUACUUUGAUGCCAUUCCACAAGAGAAGGUGCCCAAGAUUGGGACGAGUGGUGAGAGGUACAGGGACAAACAGUUGGCAUUCCAGCUGCCCAAGCAGGACCUGGCCAUGACCUACUGCAAGCACGUGGAGACGCAGCACAGAAGCUCCUAUGAGGACUUUGUGUCGGCCAGGAAUGAGAUCGCCCUGGACAUUGGCUUUGUGAAGGACUCUCCGACGUCCACAAAGUGCGUAGGAUGCAGUGAGGGUCUGAAACAGGGCGAUUUGGCUGUGAUUGCUCCCAAAUUCCGUGAUCAUAUGAUGUGGCAUCCGCGAUGUUUUUGCUGCACUGCCUGCCAGGAACUCCUGGUUGAUCUCACGUACUGCGUCUUCGAGGACAAGCUGUACUGCGAGAGGCACUAUGCCGAGAUGCUGAAGCCCAGGUGUAAUGCCUGCGAUGAGUUAAUUUUCAGUGGCGAAUACACGAAAGCCAUGUCCAAGGAUUGGCACACAACCCACUUCUGCUGCUGGCAGUGCGAUGAAUCUCUCACUGGACAGCGCUAUGUCCUCCGUGAUGAUCAUCCCUAUUGCAUCAAGUGCUAUGAGAAUGUCUUUGCCAACACUUGCGAGAGCUGCAACAAGAUAAUUGGAAUUGACUCCAAGGAUCUCUCGUAUAAGGACAAACACUGGCACGAAGCUUGCUUCCUCUGCAAUAAAUGUCGCAUUUCGCUGGUGGACAAGCAAUUUGGUUCGAAGGCAGAUCGAAUUUACUGUGGCAAUUGCUACGAUCAGCAAUUUGCCUCGAGGUGCGAUGGUUGUGGCGAGAUCUUCAGAGCUGGCACCAAGAAGAUGGAGUACAAGACGAGGCAGUGGCAUGAGAAGUGCUUCUGCUGCUGCGUCUGCAAGACACCCAUCGGAACCAAGUCCUUCAUCCCGCGCGAGCAGGAGAUCUACUGUGCCGGAUGCUACGAAGAGAAGUACGCCACGCGAUGCAUCAAGUGCAACAAGAUCAUCACCAGUGGCGGUGUGACGUACAAGAAUGAACCUUGGCACCGUGAAUGCUUCACAUGCACCCACUGCUCCACUUCUCUGGCCGGGCAGCGCUUCACUAGCCGCGACGACAAGCCCUACUGCGCUGAUUGCUUUGGGGAACUCUUUGCCAAGCGAUGCACUGCUUGCACCAAGCCAAUCACUGGAAUUGGCGGAACUCGAUUCAUCUCAUUUGAGGAUCGCCACUGGCACAACGACUGCUUCAUCUGCGCCCUUUGCAAGACAUCCCUCGUGGGACGUGGCUUCAUCACUGAUGCCACUGACAUCAUCUGCCCAGAGUGCGCGAAGCAGAAACUAAUCUAAGAAGGGAUUCAUCUUCAACGCCCUCCUGCCCCGUUCUUGUUCUUAUGACAGCAAUUCUAUAUUGUAAUAAUCCUUCGAAGGAGAUUGGUGGAGAUAUAAAAAAAAACAUGAUGGAAAUGUACUCAUUAGGGAUUUUCUAACAAGAAACAAAAAAAUAUUAUUAUAAAGAAAUGAUAUCCGCAAUUUUAUUCUCUCUGUCCUGCCCCAAUUUAAUAAUUCUCCCCUAAAACUAUUUUUUUUUCUAAUAAUGCCAUUAAUUUGCGGUAUAGAUUUUCUUUCUCUUAUGUAAUUAAUUUAUUAAAAAAACAAACAAUAAGUAAAAACAACGGAAUAGAUUGUAGAAAAGUGAGAAGAAGAAAUAAACGAAAAAUGACGAGCAUCGUGUGUGAGAUGAUUAUAAAAUAACUCAUUUAAAUUUAAUUAUAGAGACAAUCUAAUUUCAAGAUAUUUUUCACAAUGAAUUUAUUUAAAAAAAAAACAAGCCCCUGUUCUGAAACAAAAUAAAUAAAUAAAAAUUGUGAAGAUUAAACAAAAGCUUACAAAAAGAAGUCUUUCGUGAAAUUUUGACUCUAGUCAAAAUAAAUAAGAAAAAAAAGAAUUAAAAAUAUUUCUCUAUAUAAUUAGGAUUUAAAAGAAAUACCUUAAGUCAAUGAUCAAAAAAGAAUAUCUCUGUAUAAAAGAAUUAGUUAAUAAACAACGCAAAAGAGUUACAUUUAGUCAGUUUUCUUGCAAUAGCUGAACGCUUUGAUUUUUCUUUCUUUCAGUUUCUUUUUGGCAAUAAUGUGUCUCCUAGAAAGCGUAAUGAUUAAAUAAAUAGAAAAAAUAUGACAAUUUUAGAGAUUAUUAACAAUUAUUAAAAAAAAAAUUAAUGGAAAGAGGAAUAAUUGAAAAAUGAGGUAUAAAGAAUUAGAGGGAAAGGAGUAAUUAAAAAGAAAGAAAUCUAUCUCUAUUUACUUAAUACUACGGCCUAUUCACAAAAGUUGCCUUCUUUUAUAAAAAAAAAACUACUACAAAAAAAUGAUACAAAAAAGUGGAAUACUACAUAUUACAUUAAUAUCUCUUAGCGGUGUGUUUGUCGAAUAAAGAGCAAGAAAAAGAAGUGAAAAUUUCUGAUUUUAGAAGAGAAAAGCAUAAUCAUCGAAAGUGCAUCUAUAUUUUCUUAAGCAGUAUCAUCAAAAAAAAGAAAAAUUAAAUAAAUUGUCUUUGGAACUUAGAAAAAUUCUUGAAGAACAAAAGGACGUUAAAAAAUUUAAACAAAAAGUCUUUAAUUUCAUGAGCAAAUAAUUUUUUUCUAGAUAAAAGAAAUUAAAUUUAGUGUAAAGAAUCAUAUGUUACUACAUGUUUACAUAACUGUUGCACAUCUUUUAUGUAUUUUACAUUUUUUUGUUUUCUUCUUUUCUUUUAUUGAACAAAUAAAUUUAUUAAAAUAUUAA